AUAAGCAAACGGAAUUUACAUUUCCGAGAAAUUGCAAAAGUGCCAAACCUACACACACAUAUGGCUGACCACACCAUAUCGUUAUACAAAGUGCAAUAUAAAACACACAAUUAAUGCAUAAUUGAUAACAGCUAGAGCCAAAAACCAUACAAUACAUGCCAAGUAAAUAAUAACAACAAGAAAUACGUAUUUCCCGAGCGCAGAAGCAGUCCACAGCUGCUGCUAACCGCAUACCCCACGCAAAAUCGGCGCAUAGUUUACGAAUAUAUUUGUGCAAUCUAUCUGGUUUUUAAGCCCACAUAAGUGUUUCCCAAAUAAAAACACAGAGUGUGAAUUUAAGCCGGGAGACCAGGCCAGGACAUUGGUCAAAGUCAAAGCUGUGUAACGAAAGAGGCGAGCCGCAAGGAAGCAGCUAAAUCAAAGUGCAAAAAACUGAACGCCAGAGAGAAUAGAGACGCGCACACACACGCAAACACCAAAACACACAAGAGCGCAUGCUGUGCGCCGCAGGAGAGGAAGAAGACGCAGCCACAGCAUCUGUGUGAGUGCCGAAGCGUUACAGUGGUGCCCAGAGAGUGGUGCCGGAGAGGAGUAAACAAAAGUGGAGCAGGAGGACAGUAGCUGUGAAGGAGACAACGAAUCAGACAAACAACUGCUAUAAUCUACCUCCGAUACCCACGAUAACGCAACAACACUGCAGAACAACACAGAGUUACAACAAAUUACAACAAAAAGAAGAGGUGUCACCAUUGUUACAGUAAUUUAGCAGCCAAACGCCAUCUAUCGCCGAGCAUUCGCACACAGGGCGACAGCGACGCAGACGACGAAAAACGGCGAGAGCAGCAGAGGCCGUACGUUGUGCAAGAGAGAAGCAGACGGACGACGCGAAGGCAAAGGCGAAGGCGGAGGAGAACCAGCAGCAGCAGCAGCAGAAGUCUGAACUCGAACGGUGUUGUGGUGCUGCGGCAUAAAGGUGAGAGGAGCAAGGGAGUCGUGUCGAGUACAGGCCAGGCCACAAAACAAUAAUUUCUGCUGCGACAGCAGCAAGUAAAGAAAAAAAUACAACUAUCUGCGACUACUGCGACUGCGACGACUUUUGGCUUUCUUUCGUUGUUGUCUUCCAUUGUCGUGUACGGUGUGCCGCUGCUGCUGACUGUCAUCGUUGAUUCCGGGCCCAUACCCAUACCCGCUACCGGGGUUUGGGGGGAACAGCAGCUCAGCAUCGGCUGGGACAGACAGACAGCCCCCACAGCAAGCAGCAUCAUCGGACCAAAAAUCAUCCUAGACCAAUUGCCUUGCCCGCCAAUAUGGCGUGCCUCAACACCUUAAAGCAGGAAAUCAAAACUCUGGAGAAGAUCUUCCCGAAGAAUCACGAACGCUUUCAGAUACUCAAUUCCAGCGUCGACGAGCUCCUCUGCAGGUUCAUCGAUAAGAACGGGAAGCGUUACGACAUUCAUGCGAAUAUAACGGAAACGUAUCCCUCAUCGCCGCCAGUGUGGUUUGCCGAAAGCGAGGAGACGAGCGUCACCAAUGCUGUUCAAAUACUUAGCAAUACAAAUGGUCGUGAUAAUCACGUGAUCAAUCAGGUUGGCAUAUUGCUGCGCGAGCUGUGCCGAUUACACAACGUUCCACUGCCACCCGAUGUAGACAAUUUAACGUUGCCAUUGCAAACGCCACCGCCAUCGGCUUCCCCGCUGCGCUGUGAACAGCGGAAAAUGGGCGGGGGGCCGCAUGGUGGCAACGAGGAGACCGAUUCCGAUCAGGAUGAGAUCGAGGAUCCCAUCGGCGAGAGCGAACAGGAGAGCGAGGGCGAUGAAGAUUUGCCUCUGGAAAUGGAUGAUGUACGGAGUACAAAUAAGAAAGAUGACAUGGAAGUGGAGCACUUAGCGACCCUAGAAAGACUGCGUCAAAGUCAAAGACAAGACUAUUUAAAAGGUUCCGUGUCGGGUUCCGUGCAGGCAACCGAUCGCCUAAUGAAGGAACUACGUGAUAUUUAUCGAUCGGACGCCUUCAAGAAGAAUAUGUAUUUGAUUGAGCUCGUGAAUGAUUCGAUCUAUGAGUGGAACAUCCGCCUCAAGUCUGUGGACCCCGACAGUCCGCUGCACAGUGAUCUGUUAAUGCUCAAGGAGAAGGAGGGCAAGGAUAGCAUACUCCUCAACAUACUCUUCAAGGAGACGUAUCCCUUUGAGCCGCCCUUUGUCCGCGUCGUGCAUCCAAUCAUCUCAGGUGGAUAUGUGCUGAUUGGCGGCGCCAUUUGCAUGGAGCUGCUGACCAAGCAGGGCUGGAGCUCAGCGUACACUGUCGAGGCGGUGAUUAUGCAGAUAGCCGCCACACUGGUCAAGGGCAAGGCGCGAAUUCAGUUUGGAGCCACCAAGUCUCAUCAUGAACAGGCACUGACCCAAGGCCAGUACAGCCUGGCACGAGCACAGCAAAGCUUCAAGUCCCUUGUGCAGAUCCAUGAGAAGAAUGGCUGGUUCACACCGCCCAAGGAGGAUGGCUAAGGCAGUUUCGCAUAGUCUAGUCCGGACUUGCAUCAACACACACACACACAAUUACCAACACCACCAGCAGCAGCAGCAGCCACACUACGACCACAAAGAGCAGCAUCAUCAGCGCACACACACGCACAUCCUCCAGCGUCCAGUCUUUCCCCCCCCUUUUCUGGCACACAUUCGCCCUAAGUUAGAACAGAACGGACGAAAGUCUCCAAAAAGUUAUCGUGUAUUUUUCUUUAUGUAUAGCAAAAUCUUUUAUAUUUAAUAGCCAGCUGACUAUAUAAUUUGAUGCAUAAAUAAUCUGUGUUAGCGGUUAAGUGAGCAAAAACAAAAAAACAAGCAAAAGCGCAGGCCCUCCCCCCCCAUGCCAAUCUCUCUCGUAUCAUCAUGAUGCUGCUGUGUUUUGUAUAGAGUGUUGGAAAACGGUUGGCAGGUGUGCACGGAGCCAGACGCAGACGGAAUGGAUGGAACAGAGUGCAACCACAUGUAAAGGCAAUAUCUGUUAUGUAUAUGAAUGUAAUUUGUAAUUUAAUUGUAAAUGCAGUGGCUCCCAUGAUUUUCACUUUCGCUUGGACACACACACAUUCAGUUCUUCCCCACACAUACACCCACACACAAACGUGGAGCCACCAAAAAUACCCAACAAAAACAAACAAAAAAACACUCAUGUAGCCCUCCCGCCACAUCCAACGCGCCCAUCAUAUUUGUAACUAGUUAAGUCUUGAAGUCCUGAUUAUAUUCUUAUUUAGUUUAAAACAUUUUUUUGUGUGUAAUCUUAUUAAAUUCUCUCUACUGGUGCGAGGCAAGCAGCAGCGGCAGCAGCAGCAGCAGCAGCAGGCGAGAGCUAAGGCACAGAUCUAGCGCGAUAGCUAUAUAUAUAUUAUAUAUGUAUAACUAUAAACACAUGCAUAAAUAUACAUAUACAUAUACAAAUAUAUAUAUACAUAGAUAUAUACAAGAACAUAUUAAUUGUUAAGGUAAAACGUAAACAACCAGAAAACAGAAAAACAGAAAAUAGAACUAUGCGUCGCAACUUCAAUGAAAGCAAACUUCAAGUGUAAAUUCGUCUUUCCAAAUAAUCGUACCAUAAAAUAAAAUAAAGUAAAGCUACAGUUAAACUAAAA